GAACCCAUAGGCAUGUUGAGCUAGCCGAACGAGCAGCGGAAAGGCUCUUUGCCAUUGAGCCAAUGAACCCUGUUGGCUAUGAUCUAUUGGCUAAUAUAUAUUCAGCUUGUGGCCUAUGGGAGGGGGUUGCAAGAGUGAGGAAGAUGAUUCACGAGAGGGGAGUGAAAAAGGGGACCGCUUGCUCUUGGGUCGAAGCCCAAAUGGGGGUUCAUGUUUUUGUGUCCAAUGAUCGGGUCCACCCAAGACUAAGAGAGAUUUACGAGAAGCUUGAGGAGUUGGGAGAGGAAAUGAUGAGAUUUGGGCAUGUUCCUGAUAAGAGCUUUGUGUUGCAGCAAUUGGAAGAAGAGCAAAAGGUGCCAGCUUUGAGCUAUCAUAGUGAAAAGUUGGCAGUGGCGUUUGGGCUUAUUAGUAUUGAUGCUCCAGCACCCAUUAGGGUUAUGCAGAAUCUGAGGGUCUGUGGGGAUUGUCACAGUGCUAUGAAGCUUAUAUCACGGAUUCAAGGGCGAGAGAUAAUCCUCGGGAACUCCACCCGAUUCCACCAUUUCAACGAUGGAAUAUGUUCUUGUGGGGACUAUUGGUGAAGGUAAAGAAAAUUGAAAGCAACAUGUUACAAGUCGGAGGUAUGGGCUGCAGCUUAGGACUGAAGCGACUACUUUUUGAAGAAGCUGGAGAAUCUUGUAUGUUUUGGGCCCUCAGCCCUGCUUAGAUUGUUCUUAGAAAUUUUGUAAUUAUGGGCUUUGGAGCCUUGAACUUGAUUGUAUCACCUUUUGAACUAUAAUAUAAUGUAAUAUCUUUC